AUGGAACAUAAUGAAUCUGCAUGUACAAUUAUUGAGACUAAAGAAGCUAAAUAUUAAAGAGUCUACAAAGAACUAUAAACUGCACUUGAAGAGAACGGUGGGGAUAGUGCUAGCGAGCAAGUGAAACAAAAGACAUUAUGCUAAGUCGUAUCAACAAACUUUAAGGAUUUUAAUUUUGUUGGGUUCUAUGAUCUCAAGGAAGAAGACAAUGAGAAGCUGUACAUUGGAGAAUUCGUUAGUGAGCUUGUAUUCCCAUGUGGUGAAAUUAAAAUGGGAAAGGGAUAAUGUGGACAAUGUGCCUCAGAAAUGAGAGUCAUGAUUGCAAAGAAUGUGAAAGAGUUAGAUAACUAUAUUGCUUGUGAUGAUGAUACCCAGUCUGAAAUCGUAUUGCCUUGCUUCGUAGGUUCAGAACAAAAUCGUAAACUAAGAACGGUUUUAGAUAUUGACAGCCCUAACCUUGGGACUUUUGAUGAAGAAGAUUAAUAGGGUCUAAAUCAGUUGAUCUCAUUGAUCUACCCAUGA